UGCACGCAUAAAGCAGCUCUCCACACCCGAGUUCCAGCCUUUUCUAACCUCCAACACCUUGGAUGCCGGAUUCCUCACAUCCUCUAGGCCCAGUGUGCGCAUGUGGAGCAUGGUGUGGUUGGGGGUGGUGGUGUCCGGUUGGGAGGAGGAUCGGAUUCCUGUUUCCUGCCCCUACUCACUCAGCCCUAGGAGGUGACUGAGAGUGGAGGGAACGGAGAGGGUAAGUGCUUGGGGCCCCGACUCUUUAGGCCCUGUGAAAGGCCUGAGUUGGGAGCGGGAAGAAAGUCAACACAGGCACCUGGGAUGGGGUACAGUGAGUUCCCUGACGGGGCAGAGGCUGGGGAGCAGGAGACCACUGCUUGGGUAACUUCAAUGAGGGGCUUCGUGGCAGCCUGUAGGGGCCACUGAGUAAGCUGCAGUCUAAGGAGGCCCUGAUGCCCAUCUUUUCUCAAGAACCUAACUGGGGACCUGGAAGGCUAUGACUUCUGACGGGAUAGGGAAUUUAGGGGCUCUCUUGUGUCCCAGCUCUGGUCCCCAUCCUCCUUGUCAAGAGGAAGAGAAGCACAGGUUCCAGCGUCCCAGGUCCCAGCGGUGUCCCGGUGCUGUUGGUUCUAUGCUGUGGCCUGGGUUUGUGGCCACCCCCCCAGGCAUCCCGGCAGGACCCAGCCUUCCACUGGAGCGUCCCUCUGUGACCAGACCCAGGGGAUGACUUCCGCAGAACACCUCCCUCCUUGGAAACACUCAGAAGACGAUGUCAGCCCAGUCCCUUCCUGCAGCAACGCCCCCCACCCUGAAGCCCCCUCGGAUCAUCCGCCCCCGCCCUCCUUCUCGCCACCGGGCUCCGCACUCCCCGGGGCCUCCGCACAACGGCUCCUCUUCGAAAGCACUUCCCCAGAUUCCCAAUGAUGCGUCAGCCUCAAUGUGCACCUCCAUCUUCUGGGAGCCCCCCGCGUCUUCCCUGAAGCCUCCCGCCCUUCUGCCCCCCUCAGUCUCCAGAGCCAGCCUGGACUCCCAGACGUCCCCCGACUCGCCUUCCAGCACACCCAGUCCCAGCCCGGUGUCCCGGCGAUCCGUCUCCCCAGAACCAGCUCCCUGCUCUCCAGUGCCCCCACCCAAGCCCUCUGGCUCGCCCCGAACACCCCUGCCCUCGCUCCCUAUGCCUCUCCAGGAUGGCUCUGCCUCGGCCCCUGGCACGGUUCGCAGACUGGCUGGCAAGUUUGAAUGGGGGGCUGAAGGCAAGGCCCAGUCCUCGGAGUCCCUGGAGCGGUGCUCCCAAGGGGGCUCGGAUGUGAAUGGGGAGAGAGAGACUCCCCAAGUCGUCCUUUCCGGGAAUGGGUCCCAGGAGAAUGGCACUCCGGAUGCUGCUCUGGCCUGCCCUCCAUGCUGCCCCUGUGUCUGCCACGUAGCAAAGCCUGGCCUGGAGCUCCGAUGGGUGCCUGUGGGGAGUUCGGAUGACAUCCUCAGGGCCCCCUGCAGAGCAUCCCCACUGCGAGCCUCCCGCUCUCGCAUCAACCCACCAGUCAUCAGUCACCCUCCAGUGGUCCUCACAUCUUAUCGCUCCACUGCUGAGCGCAAACUCCUACCUCCCCUCAAGCCCCCCAAGCCCACUCGAGUCAGACAAGAUGCCAGUACCUCUGGGGAGCUUCCACAGCCGGACCUGGAACUGCCUUCGGAAGAUGGGAUCCAAACAGGGGACAGGCCUGAAGAAGCACCUCAGAAUGCUCCUCCUGCAGCCUUGGAGGGAAGGGAUGAGGAGGGCCUGGAGGGGUUGAAGGAUCAGCAGUGGGAGCUGCCCCUGCAGGACGAACCUUUAUACCAGACUUACAGAGCAGCUGUGCUGUCAGAGGAGCUGUGGGGUGUGGGUGAGGAUGGGGGCCCUGCUCCAGCUAAUCCAGGAGAAGCUCCCACCUUCUCCAGGCUCCCUGGACCUCGGAACACUCUGUGGCAGGAGCUCCCAGCUGUGCGAGCCAGUGGUCUCUUAGAGAGCCUAAGCCCCCAAGAAAGGCGUAUGCAGGAGAGCCUGUUUGAGGUGGUGACCUCAGAGGCCUCCUACCUACGCUCUCUGAGGCUACUGACCGACACCUUCGUCCUGAGCCGGGCUCUCCGGGACACACUCACUCCUCGGGAUCACCACACACUUUUCUCCAAUGUGCAGCGAGUCCAGGGUGUCAGUGAGCGGUUUCUGGGAACAUUACUAUCCCGGGUCCGUUCUUCCCCACACAUCAGUGACCUGUGCGACGUGGUGCAUGCCCACGCGGUCGGCCCCUUCUCAGUGUAUGUGGAUUACGUCCGGAACCAGCAGUAUCAGGAGGAGACCUACAGCCGCCUUAUGGACACGAACGUGCGCUUCUCUGCGGAGCUGCGGCGGCUGCAGAGCCUCCCCAAAUGCGAGCGGCUUCCGCUGCCCUCCUUCCUGCUAUUACCCUUCCAGCGCAUUACCCGGCUCCGGAUGCUGCUGCAGAAUAUCCUAGGCCAGACAGAGGAGGGGUCCAGUCGCCAGGAGAAUGCCCAGAAGGCCCUGAGUGCUGUGAGCAAGAUCAUUGAGCGCUGCAGCGCUGAGGUAGGGCGCAUGAAGCAGACCGAAGAGCUGAUCCGACUCACCCAAAGGUUGCGCUUCCACAAGGUCAAGGCUCUACCCCUGGUCUCCUGGUCACGGCGCCUGGAAUUGCAGGGGGAGCUGACAGAGUUGGGAUUUCGGAGGGGGGGUGUGCUCUUCACCUCCCGCCCCCGCUUCACUCCCCUCUGCCUGCUGCUCUUCAGUGACCUGCUGCUUAUCACUCAGCCCAAGAGGCCCAGCAGGUUCCUGACCCAUCUGGACCCCCUACAUUCCGUCUCUCCCUUCUAAGCAACCACCAGGGUCGCCCCACCCACAGGCUACUCCAAGCAGCCUCAC